CGAGGAAUAAAAGGGAAGAGGAAAUGAACAACUUAAUAUUUAUAGGACCCUGAACAAAAGAAGAAGAAAGUAGGGCGGAGCUGGAGGACCAAACCCCUUAUAGCAGGCACAGAGGAACAAAAGGACAGACAGGUAUAAGAGGACAAAUACGUUAAAGAAAACAUUUUGUGAAAAUAUACAACUAUUAAUAUAGUUACAUUAGCAUUAGCAUUAGCUAACGACAGUCAGCUGGUUUUCACUGAGGGUCCAGCUGCUGCACUUACCAUCAUUACUCGUGCCUCUUGCUUGUUCAGUUUUUCCUUCCACUAAACCUUCCAGUCAAACGUUUUUCUCAUUAUUAAUAUUAUUAUAAGAGAAUCUGUAGACUUGAGCCACAAUAAUGUAAAUGAACUAAAUCUUUCUUAAUGAUCCAGAUGGAGAUGGAUCUGUACCGAACCUCCAGUUGGUGGCAGUAACCCACCAGUUGGUUCCGGUCCAACACCAGAGCAGAUCGGGUUCUGAUCAGGAGUCUGAAACCGAUCAGAUUGAAUGAAAUCCAUCAUGUGUUGUGAUUAAUCCAGAGUCGGAGCUGCUCUGUAGCCGUUGUCCUGGUGGCUAACAGCGGGUUAGCACCGUUAGCCUGCAGCGGCUAACUCAUUUUCACAUUAAAAGUCGCUUUUAGCCGCAGCUACAAUGGAAACAACAGCGACGAAAAGACGAGACAACAAGAAAUCCCUGCGGGUUAAAGUCAUCAGCCUGGGGAACGCCGAGGUGGGGAAGAGCUGCAUCAUCAAGCGCUACUGUGAGAAGAGGUUUGUUCCAAAGUACCUGGCAACAAUCGGCAUCGAUUACGGAGUCACAAAAGUUCAGGUCAGAGACAGAGAAAUCAAGGUGAACAUCUUCGACAUGGCCGGACAUCCUUUCUUCUACGAGGUCCGUAACGAGUUCUACAAAGACAGCCAGGGAGUGCUGCUGGUGUACGACGUGGGGCUCAGGGAGAGCUUCGACGCCCUGGACAGCUGGCUGGGGGAGAUGAAGCAGGAGAUGGGCUCUCAGGCCAACAUGGACAGCAUCGUCUUCGUCGUCUGCGCCAACAAGGUGGACCUGACGAAGCGGCGGGUGGUGGAUGAAGGCGAGGGUCGUCUGUGGGCGGAGUCCAGAGGGUUCCACUACUUUGAGACGUCGGCACAGAGCGGCGAGGGCAUCAACGAGAUGUUCCAGGCGUUCUUCUCCUCCAUCACUGACAUGUGUGAGAACGGCGGGAAGCGGCCGGUGUCAGAGGUCAGCGUGGGCUUCACCAAGGAGCAGGCCGACACCGUUCGACGCAUCCGCAACAGCAAGGACUCCUGGGACAUGCUGGGGGUGAAGCCGGGCGCCACGCGGGAGGAAGUGAACAAGGCGUACAGGAAGCUGGCCGUCCUGCUGCACCCGGAUAAAUGCGUCGCCCCCGGCAGCGAAGACGCCUUCAAGGCGGUGGUGAACGCUCGCACCUCGCUGCUGAAGAACAUCAAAUAACAGAGACAGAGAACCGCCGCUGCUCCAACACGGCUCCUUAUUUAUCUGGAUAUUUAGUCUGUCUCUGUGCCACAGUGCUGUCUGCCAACCCUUAACCUUUAACCUUUAACCUGAGGACAGGCAGGUCUGAUGAUGAGGACGGCAGAGUCCACCAGAACCAACCAGGUCCAUUUAGAGAUCUGAGUCUGUCACUGAAAUAUUAUUUAGAUUUAACAUCUAUUAUUGAAAUAUUUUUAUUCUUUUCAAAUGUUUAGAAAAGUUUCCUGUUUUUUGUAAAAAUUUAAAUUUUCUUUAAAGUUAUAAUUUUCUUCCAUAAACUUGUAAAAAUGUGUAUUUUAAAAUCAAAAUUAAAUAUUUAUUAUUUUAACAUCUGAACUGAUAAAUUAAUAUCAGGAUUCUUUUAAAAUGGUUCCCUAGUAUUAUUAUUAAUAAUAAUCUAAUUUUAAAAAAUUUAACUUCUUUUAAUAUGUUACACUUUCUGUGAGCCUCCACAUAUGCAAAUUAGGUUCACAGAUAUUUAGGGAAUAAAUUCUUUUUAGAAUUUUUGUUUAGUUUUAUCAAAUAUUUAAUUUGGUUAUUUAUAUAUCACAACAUUUUUAAAAAUACUAACACUUCAUAAACAUUGCACUUAGCUUGCAAAAUAACAAAAAGUGAAGUUUACUUUAGCCAAAAAAAAAGUAAAAAUUUUUUUAAAAUGCCAAAAUUAUAAGGAAUUUUAUGUAGAAUUGCAGAUAAUCCUUAAAUUCUUUUUAGAAAUUUGAGAAUUACUUUAAAUGUUUAAUAUGGAUUUAGUGUUAUAUUAAUAAUAUUCAAAUGUUUUAAAUUAAAUGUUCCAAAUUCAACAUGGUUAUAAAAAAUAUUCCUAAAGAGUAAGUGUCACUUCCUGUUGCUCUCAUAAUGUUUGUGUUCUGCAGCUGAUGGACCGGCUCGGUUCUGUUGGUGUUCUGUUCAUCAGAACCUCACCGUGUUUAUAAAGGUUCCCAGGUGAACAGGUCAUGCAGGGUCAAAGUGCAUGCUGAAUGUUGAGAUGUGAUCCUUUCUGUUCCAAACAAACUACCAGAACCCGACCAGAACCAGACCAGAACCAGACCGGCAUGGCGCUCUGUCAGAGCAGGAACCAAUCAGGAAAUCUCUCCAAUUACCCAUAAUUCAUAUGGAAAGUUUAUUUACUCAAUAAUUUAUUUAAUUAGUUUUAACUUGUGAUUUUUAAAGUUACACAUUUUACAGUCAUUUGUUCACCUGAUAUUCAUUCAUUUAUAAAUGUCAGUUUCAAACUAAGUUUUAUAUUAAAAAAGCUAAAUAUUUAGUUUGAAGCUAAGUAUUUAGCUUGCCAACUAAAUAUUUAAUUUUAUACAAAUUAUUUAAUUUGGAGCUAAAUAGUUAACUUGCUAACUACAUAUUAGGUUUGUAAACUAUUAGCUUACCAACUAUAUCUUAAAUAUUUAGUUAGCAAGCUAACUAGUUAGCUACAAAUUAAAUACUUAGUUUGAAGCUAAACAGUUAGCUAGCGAAACAGAUAGCUAAAUAUCUAUUUAUCUAAAUACCGAUUUAGAUAGAUAAAUAGAUAGCUAAAUA